GCGGGCGCGGGCGGCGCGGCGGCGCCGAGGACGAGGCCGCGGGAGGGCUGGCCGGCCGGCGGGCAAGCGCCGCCGCCGACGCACACGAGGUGAGGUGACCAGGCAUUGAUGCACCCUCAGGGAGGCCACACGCUCAAGGAGGCCACCCCCGCUGGCUGCUGCUCACAUGGUUUCUGGGCCCCUGGCACUCCGGUGGUGCGUGUGGGCAGGGCGUGGGGACAUGGGGCCCGACAUGGAGCUGCCCAGCCACUCAAAGCAGCUCCUGCUGCAGCUGAACCAGCAGAGGACCAAGGGCUUCCUGUGUGACGUCAUCAUCAUGGUGGAGAACUCCAUCUUCCGAGCCCACAAGAACGUCCUUGCCGCCAGCAGCAUCUACUUCAAGUCCCUGGUCCUUCAUGACAACCUCAUCAACCUGGACACAGACAUGGUCAGCUCCACGGUGUUCCAGCAGAUCCUAGACUUCAUCUAUACCGGCAAGCUGCUGCCCAGCGAUCAGCCAGCUGAGCCCAACUUUAGCACGCUCCUCACCGCCGCCAGCUACCUCCAGCUGCCUGAGUUGGCAGCCCUUUGCCGCCGCAAACUCAAGAGAUCUGGCAAGCCCUUUAGCUCUGGGCGGGGUGGGGCCGGCCUGGGACGCCCACCCCGCAGCCAGCGGCUGUCCACAGCUUCCGUCAUCCAGGCCCGGUAUCCGGGGCUCAUGGAUGGGCGCAAGGGGGCACUCACCCCCCAAGAGCUCCCCCAGGCCAAAGGCUCAGAUGACGAGCUCUUCCUGGGUGGCUCCAGCCAGGAGAGUGUGCAUGGCCUGGGCCGGCCAGUGUGUCCUACUAGCGGGGAGGCUGGCCUGGGGGGCUGCAGCACCAAUGGGAGCAGUGGGGGCUGUGAGCAGGAGCUGGGCCUGGACUUGUCCAAGAAGAGCCCCCACUGCCCCCCACUACCCCUGGGCCCCCUCACCCCCGACGACCCGGCCCACCUGAGCGACAGUCAGCACGGCUCACCCCUCUCAGCCUCUGCCCCUCCUGUCUCCAAUAGUGCCUCUUAUGCCGAGCUGGGGGGUGCCCCCAGCGAGCCCAUGGAUCUGGAGGGGGCUGAGGACAACCACCUGAGCCUGCUGGAGGGGCCUGGUGGGCAGCCCCGGAAGAGCCUCCGGCACUCAGCCCGCAAAAAAGAGUGGGCCAAGAAAGAGCCGGUGGUGGCCUCCCCCUUUGAGCGGAGGGAAGUGGCACCCAAGGGCCCCUCCCCAGGGGAGGAGGCCGAGGGGCUUGGAGACAGGGUCCCCAAUGGCAUCCUGGCCAGCAACAUGGCAACAGCAGGUGGGCCCUACGUGGAGCCCCCAUACCCCUGCAAGGAGGAAGAGGAGAACGGCAAGGACGCAAGUGAGGAGAGUGGGCAGAGUGGGAGUGAGGGGGGCAGCGGCCACGCUGGUGCCCACUACCUCUACCGGCCAGAGGGCUACGAGACAGUGUCCUACGGGGACAACCUGUAUGUGUGCAUUCCCUGCGCCAAGGGCUUCCCCAGCUCCGAGCAGCUCAAUGCCCAUGUGGAGACGCACACAGAGGAGGAGCUCCUCAUCAAGGAGGAGGGCGCCGAGGAGGAAGCCGAGGACCUGUCAGCGCCCAGUGCAGCCUAUGCAGCUGAGCCCCGGCCCUUUAAGUGCUCGGUCUGCGAGAAGACCUACAAGGACCCAGCCACGCUGCGCCAGCACGAGAAGACACACUGGCUGACGCGGCCCUUCCCCUGCAACAUCUGCGGCAAGAUGUUCACGCAGCGCGGCACCAUGACACGCCACAUGCGCAGCCACCUGGGUCUGAAGCCCUUUGCCUGUGAUGAGUGCGGCAUGCGCUUCACCCGCCAGUACCGCCUGACCGAGCAUAUGCGCGUGCACUCAGGCGAGAAGCCCUAUGAGUGCCAGCUGUGCGGGGGCAAGUUCACACAGCAGCGCAACCUCAUCAGCCACCUGCGCAUGCACACCUCCCCCUCCUAGAAGCCAAAGACCUCCGGCCCCAGCGGCUUGUGGCCCCCACCCCCAGAGCUUUAAUCCAGUCUUACCGGGGGCGAGGAGGAUGGCCACUGAGCUACCUGCCUCCCCAUCCUGAUGGCAAAGGCCGAGUGGGGCUGGCGGGAGUGGGUCACCGGUCGGCAGGCCAGGUCGGAGCAGGGGGAGUGGGGCCUCCCUCCUUGUGGGAGGGGGGCGGAGGGCGCAGGGCUGCCGUGACUGGGUGUCUCUGCAGCCAGCCUGGCUCUGAGGGGAGUGGUGCCAGAGUGGGGGGGACAGUGCCCUCUCUCCUUGAGCCCAGGGGUCACCACUCAUUGGCGCUGGGACAGUCAGGGCCCCCACCGCCUACCUCUCCACAACUGAAGAGCCCUUUGGGCCUGUGUGGCUGUUAUUCCUACUGAUCUGUUCCUUUCUUCUUUUUGAAUUUUGUUUUUUAAACCAAAACCAACAAGAGUUUAUUUUCCUUCUGGCCCCUCGGGGCUGAGCCUGGGUCUGCAGACUGAAUGUACCGGGGCCCUGCCCCGCCCUGCCUGGCUACAGGCUGGGCACCCACCCUCCAGGCCCCAGAAGCCCUUCUUGGCCAAAGGCUUCCUGGGCCCCGAGCCCUGCCUCGGCUGCCUCAGGAGAGAGAGUGCUUUUCCCAUAGUUUCCGAGGAAUAUUCUUUGUUUAGAGGUACUUGUUUUUUAUUAAGAGGAAACCCCAUGUAAUGUUUAUGUGAAUGUUUGAACUGGAAGGUCUGGGGCUGGUGGGGGGCGGGGGGGGAGGCUGGACUUGGUGCCAGGGCGUCGGUACGCGUUUCCAUUUUCUCGUGUGUGUGUGUGUGUGUGUGUGUGUGUGUGUGUGUGUGUGGUGUGUGCGGUGCGUGUGGACUCAACGUUGCGUUUCCUUCUUUCCUUCCUCCCUUCCUUCCCGAUCAAGGUGGAGAGACUUCUGACCUUUUGCUACCUCUUGAAUUUUCGAGAAUAGGACGUUGGUGAUGGCAGUUGUGGUCGUGACACUUGUGUUUUCCUCCUGUCAGUGUGCACAGGAAGAUGUGCGUUCAAAUGAGUGGGCCUCCUGGGGUCCUCUCAGAAGAGGCGCCUGCAUUUCUUCCGUGCUUAUGCAGCUAGCCAUCCCCCCCCCGCCCUCCCGCCGCCGCCGCCGCCCCUGAGUGUGUGCUGAGCAGCCCUCUAAUCUGGGCCAAGUCGGGGUGCAAGUGCCCCAGCCUCCAGGGAGCCCAAGCAUUGGCUGUGGGACAAAGCCCUCAAAGCUUCCUUCUGGACCCAGAUGGGGUGGAAGUGAGCCCCUCCCAUCUUGUCACCCAGGCCUAUGAGAACUUGACCUCAGGAGGGCUGCAGUUCCUGCCUGGUCAGGGUAGAGGGGCUGACCAAAGUGGUGUGUUACCUCCUGCCCCGACAGAGAGGGCACCUCUGGGCCAUCCUGGCCCAUGGCUGCUCUGGUGAGAGUCUGGCUGCCACCCUUCGGCUCAGCCCCUAGUCCACCCUCGCCCCUCACCUUUAGUUCUCCUCCAGCCUCAGGCACCUCCAUGGGCCUAGAGCCAGGCUGCCAAGGCCAAACCAAGGUCUCGAGGUCAGCCCCAUUGUCCUCGUCCGCCUGGAGCCACAGAGCUGGACAAGCAGCUUUGUCGUUUUUGUUUUGCUUUGGCUCUUACUUCUUUUUUUUUUUUUUUUCUUUCUACUUUAAGUUCAGACCAAAAAAUUGCGGAGUCACUCCCUACCCCCACUCCUCCACCCCUGCAGAGACCACCCCCCCAGCUGAAAACAGCCUGAGUUCAGGGACCCGGAUGGUGGGUGUCGCGAAUGAGGGUACUCUGGCCACGUGGGGCCCUGCUGAUCCCUCUGGUGGUGCUCCUGGCCCAGACCAGCCCUCUUCCCUCUGGGGACUUGUCCCAGUCCCUCUGCUCCCCAGCCCCCCACUCCGUCAGCACUUAAGCCACACGACAAAAGUCUGUAUCGGGAGCUGCACACACACCCCGGGCGCGGCCCCCGGUGAAGCAGGUGGUUCAUGGCAGAGCUUCAGGGAAGGGGCCAGAAGCCCUCACUCGACCUUCGCGCGACGUAGUAUUGUACCCACCUGAGGAUUGUACCGAGCCUUCUCUGUAUUUUAACAAGAAAGCAAAACACUAGUUUCCUAUUUAAGACUUUAAGGGUUUGUGGGGUGGGCGGGGUUAACACAACACUCGGUUUUGUUUUCCUUUUCCUUUGGUUUCAAGUGGAGCGUGUGCUCGCGAGUUGUGUGUGUGGAGAUGUGUUAGAGCCUCGCCAGGAGGUUAGGCCGCUGGAGGCCGAGGGCGGCUCACAGUUCUCUGCUUUAGUCACUUAAUUCCUGAAUGUUUCGGAGAAACAGGAAACAGAAAAUAGCAGAUGUCAUGUAGGAAAGAGGAUAAACAACAAAAAGAAAAAAAAAAAAAAAGAAAAAAGAAGCUCACAUCCAAAUUCACAAAACCUAUUUUUUAAACCAAAGCACAUUUUGAAUGCGUAUGGAACCUCAAUGGGCUCAGAAAAAAGAUGCUAAUAUAUUUAUCUCAUUGUUUACAUAAACUUUUACAGUUUCAGACCUCAGCAGCUGUAAGGCCAGUUCCGUGAAUCCCAACCUUCUGCUGGAGGCCCUUCUGAGUCGGCCCUGGAAUGGCUCUCGGGCUGAGGGGCCAUUGUGGGGCCGGGGCUGGCGUGGAGGCCCCGCAUCUGCCUGAGCCUCCUCCCCAGCCCGGGCUUCUCCCAGUCCAGCUGGCACCAAAGAGCUUGGGCCUGGGCUGACCAGCCCCCAGGCCUCCUGGUCAGACCGUGGCGGUCCUGGCCAGCUGGCACAGCAGGGGUGACCGUCAGCUCUGGCCACAGGACUGGCGUCUGGGCUUGGGCCCUGGGAGGGAGGUGCGCCUCCACCCCACUGCCCUGCCCACGACCCUCAGGUGGGUUGAUGUGAGGGUCCCUCUCAAGCCAAAAACCAGGACCUUUGCACAACUCCAGCGGGUCUCCGCCCUCUGGGGACCCCCCCCACCCCAGCAGUGGGAGGGGCUCACUGGGCCGGUCCUUACCUACACAGACGGUGCAAACACUCUGAACAGUGUUGUUUUUGUAUCAAUAUGUUUGUGCAGUGAUGAAUGUAUUUAUUUCUCAGACUCGGGGUGAGCAAGCGGCAGGCUGGGCUCCGCCACCGCACGCUCCCACCAGACCGAGCCCACCGCGAGGGCUCCUCCAGGAUUGCAAAAAAGGUAAAGAAGCAAAGAUGAACCUUUAAGCAAAUACGAAUCUCAGAGACUCACGGCAUAGCCAUAACUGCAGCCUGUGAGACCCACACCCUGGACCCAGACAGAGCCGCAGCCGUGUGUGUUACCCCUCCAUUGCCACUUGGGGGCACUGGGCUAACCCUGCCCCCACCCCAUCCCAACCCGUCAGUAUUCACUGGACCCGCGUGUGCAGGAGUGCGAUCGGGCGGGCCGGCUGGGUGGGCAGACCCCGGCCACCCUCCCCUUGGCUGUCCUGAGUUGGGGUGAGGCCUGGGCAGCCAGGAGGGCAGGGCUCAGGGCUGAGGCGGCUUCAUCCAUCCCAUCCCCUUGCCUGGGGGACGAAAGCAGAGGCGCCAGGGGGGUCUCAGCCCUGCUGUGCCAUGCACAGGGACCAAGGCCUCGCUCUUCCAGAGUCGGGUUGGGCGUUACUGAACCUGUGAGACCGAUGCCAGGAGUGAGGGGCGGAGCGGUGCCUCAGUCUGACAUUCCAAAUCAGGGUGGGUGUUCAUUGUGGGAAUCGAAUGGAGGCUGCCCAGGACCCCCUUCCCAGGACCGCCAGCUUGUCGCCCCACUUGAAUUUUCUACCGGGAACCCCUCCCCCUACCUCACCUUGCUAUUUAUUGCUGUAUUUAUUGACCUCAAAUAUGCUGCAGAACAGACCUCACAUGGGGCAGGGAGAGUCCCCAGGCCCCCCCCCCCACUUGGGGGGCGGUGGGGCCAGGUGCUGAGGGGAGCCUCUCUGUCCCCACCCAUCACUUGCUCCCCCUCCCCUGUUGGGGGACCCCAGGUUGGGCACUGGCCCGUUCACAAAUACCUCGAGGGGGAGGGGAGGGAUGGGGUUAUAGCUGUUUUGUUUAAUGGGAACUGGAAGAGGGACCACGUCCUAAUACGCACCCUUCCCAGGAACAGGAAGGGGACCAUGAUCGCACUCCUGUACCGGCCACCGCCGCUGUCGUCACAUCUUCACUUCCCUUGAGAGUUUGGAUAAAUUCAGGUUGGGGCUGCAGGUAUGCGGCCCUCAAGUGUCAUAGUAAAGCAGUUCACCCAUCUCUCCAUUCAGAAGCGUGCAGUCUUAAUGUACAGUGAUGAGAAACUGUUAUUUUAUGAUCUUUUCAUUAAAAGCUUGAUUGAAAA